AUGGAAGCUAAUAGAUUAACAAAUCAAGAACUCUUAGAAAAAAUCGCUAGAAACAUUAGAAAACCAAAGGAAGUUCCUGAAUCUAGAAUAACACCUAGAUAUAAGGGUACUUACCUUCCAAGGAUUAACGAGUAUCAAGCAGCUAGCACUUCAGAAGCGGAAAAAUAUUUGGACGAAAAGCUAAAAACGUUUAAAAAUGAUCAACAAAAAGUUGAAAGUGAAGUUGAAGAUGACGAAAUGACAAAUCCACAAUAUUAUGAAUAUGAUUAUUCAUGGAAUUAUAACAAUUUUUAUCAAUUGAAAAAAGCUUCCACACUUUUGGGAAAUGAUCCAUUUUUCCAUCCAAUAGUAAGACCAACUUCAAAACAAGUGAAGGAAAAAAUUGAUUUACCUUUAAAAACUUAUUAUAAAUCAAGAACUUCAAGAUACAUUACAGAUGAAGGGUUUUAUAUUGUUUUUGCUAAUGAUGAGUUUAGUUAUAAAGAACUUUCCAAUGGGUUUAAAGAUGAAACUUUACCUCAAUUAACAAAAUUAGUUAAAGUCACUCAACAUUUGAUGAAAAGAAGAACUUUAUCACAUGGAGCAUCUGCAUUUUAUAUUCAAACUGCAGAUGAUGAAUCACCUCAUGAUUUCGUUUCCAAAGAUGCUAAAGAAAUUCGUGACUUGACAAAUAAAUCUAUUGAUGCAGGAUUUGAUUUCAUUUCAAGGUUUUAUGAUAAGUUAGGAACAGUUUCACAAUGUUAUUAUUGUCAUGACACUUCAUUAACAAAAUCAAGAGAUUAUAAUUUGAACAAAUUUAAGGAGAAUACCCUUAUUGUGAAAGAAACUGAUUAUACAUCUUCAUUAAGUAAAUUAAGAAAACUUGUCAAUGAGGCCCAAGUCUCUCAAGAUGACGAUUCAGAAGAUUCAGAUCAUUAUGUGUACCCUAGAAAAUCAACAAUUGUUACCAAUAUGACUUUAAGAUCAGUUAUGCUACCAGGUGGUAAAACUAUUACAAUUUUAAGAAAUAAUCAAAGAUCUCAUAAUUCAAUUUUAAAUUCUUUAUAUCCAAGAAUUAAUAACAAGAAGAUUAGAAAACUUUUCAAUCAUAAAGCAUCUAAAAAGGCAACUUUAUACCUUGGUGAUUUAUUCUAUGAUGAUCAAAUUAUGAAACAAUAUCAACGUCCAAUUUUCCAUCAUCAUGAUUAUGAAAAACUUUGUGGAUUUGAUAAAUUAGAUGAUAGAGUAUAUGGAGCACCAAAAGAUAUUUCAACCAAUAUUUUAUCCAAAUAUAAAAUUUUCCAAAGAUCUAGUCAAGAUGAAAAUUAUAUUAAAGAUAGUUCAUUUACUUUCCAAGAAUAUGCAUCUGAAAAUAUUAAAAAACAUGAUAUAAAUCUUUAUCAAGGUGAUGAUUUAAUGUUUAAUGUUGUUUCAGAUUCUCCUUAUGUUCGUGCUUUCAGUACAAGACCAUUAGAUGAAUUGGCAAUUAAUGAAAUGAUGUGGAAGUUUGAAAAAGGUUUAGUUACACAAGAAGGUGAAGUUGAAGAAUAUAUAAACCAAAAUUCAAAUAAUUAUGGCGCUAAGAUUAAAAAAUAUCAACAUAUGAUUGUUACUAAAGAUUUCCAAAACUUAGAAGACCGUCAUUUGGAUUUACGUAUUGCUGAUCUUAUGACUAAGAAUCAUACUUGUCAUAAUUGUGGGAAUCAUACAAAUCUUUCAUCUUCUCAAGAGAUUGAAGAUUUUGGAACUCUUGAAUAUUAUAGAGAUUUCUUAAUCAGUGCUAAAAAUUUAGAGAUUGAUGCAUUUUGUUUCAAUACUUUCGAGAAUAAAGAGUUGAAAUCAAGAUCAAUAAAUGAUGUUGAUGAUCAACUUAUGUCACAAAUAAUGGGAACUCAACGUACCACACCAGUUUCAAAUGACAAAGAAUUUCUAGAAUUUAAUGAUGAAUAUUCACUUUGGAGAAAGCAAAAUUUGAAAGUAUAUCUUGUUGAAUUUGAACAUCGUCUUGAUGGUAAGACAGAAGAUGAUUAUUGUUUAAUCAUAUCAGAUCCUAGUGUUUCUAAAGAACUUUUAUAUAAAGUUUUAAUUGAGAAUUUACAAAACCCAAAUAAAUCUAUAGAAGUUGAUCUUUAUACAUAUUCAAGUGGUAUGCAUAGAUUAUAUUCAGCAUUGAAAAGAAGAAAUGAAUUUUCUAAAUUUGAUGAUGAAAUUUAUCCAAAUCCAAAUCCAUUAAUUGAUAAUAAAGAUGAAUACUUGAAAAAUUUAAAAUAUUCAUUUGCAAGUUGGUGGGGUAGACAAAAUGAACAAUAUUUAUCAAGUUCUCAAUAUGAUAAAUAUAUGAGAUUAUAUGAUGAUAAACCAGGUGAUGUAUAUGUCAAGAGUUCAAGUUUGAAUUUUGAUGUUCCACUUAUUGCAGGUUAUGAUGAUAAAGGUAGAAAAAGGUAUAAACUUGAUAAAGUUGGAACUAGAAAUCAAAUGAUUGCAAAACAUGAUGAAUAUGAAUUGCAAAGAGUUGAAUUAAAGAGAAAGAAAGUUCAAAUGGAGAAUGAAAUGAAGGAAAAAAGGAUUAAAGAAGAAAAGAAAAAUAUUGAAUUGAAGAAAAGAUAUCAAUGUGAAAUUAAAGAAGUUCGGGUUAUUAAUAGAAGAAGGUUAAUGUAG